CAAACGUCAGUGUCAUUGCAUUGCGGGCAGUCGUCUUCGUCCGGCAGAAUGUGAUGUUUGCAAAUAGACCUUUUUUCACAGUACGCCCAAACCCAUUGUUUUGUGAUUUAUAGGAAAAAGAAUACAAGAAAAAAACAACGAGUUCGUAUCCUGCCAUUUUCGUAAUGUAGCGAGUCGGAGAAUAUUGUGGGAAUAUUUAGUGUUUAGAAAUAAGCCAACGCCUGAAGAUGGGAUUAGCAUUUGCCAAGGGGACGGACAGCGAUGUCGCCGAUGCACCGGAAUCAACAGUUUCCACAGCUAAAUUGCACGGCAGGCAAGCAAGCAUUAGGCAAAGUACCAUUAAGGCUAAAUCUAAACAAGCUAUGCCUGACCCCGGUGAGCUGGAGAGGAGAUUUACCAAAGUUUUGGCUUCUAUGGAUCUUCCCCCAGAUAAGGCGAAAUUACUAAAAAGCUAUGAUUCCGAAAAAAAAUGGGACAUUAUCUGUGAUCAGGAGAUGGUGCAAGCAAAGGACCCUCCUUCUUAUUAUUUAAACAAGUUAAACACUUAUCUGGAUCCAAAAGCUUCUAGAAGCCACAGGAAAAGAAAAAUGGUAGGCGAGUCAACAUCCACUCAAGUCCUAAGAGAUUUAGAAAUAUCUUUACGAACGAAUCAUAUAGAGUGGGUAAGGGAGUUUCUAAACGAAGAAAACAAUGGGUUGGACGUGCUGAUUGAUUAUUUGAGUUUUCGUUUGGGCAUGAUGAGGCUAGAACAGAGAAUAGCGGAGUCUCGAUCUUCGUCCGAAGAAAAACUUAACCCUAACGCGCACAGCACGUUGGGUUCGACUACUUUCGAAAAAACUUUGGAUAAGACUUUUGAUAGGUCAAAUGGUUACAUUAGAAUGCCUUUAGAUAUAACCGACAGCCCAGGUUUAAAAAGAAGAUCCAAACACGUUGCUAAACUAAAUAUGGGGGAGUCAAAGGAUGACAUACAUGUUUGUAUAAUGUGUAUGAGAGCAAUAAUGAAUAAUAAAUAUGGAUUUAAUAUGGUGAUACAACACAGAGAAGCAAUAAAUUGCAUAUCACUUAGUCUAAUGCACAAAAGUCUGAGGACGAAAGCUUUAGUUUUAGAGUUACUGGCAGCGAUUUGCCUUGUUAAAGGCGGACACGAAAUAAUAUUAUCUGCUUUUGACAAUUUUAAAGAGGUGUGUCACGAAACUCACCGGUUUCAGACCCUCAUGGACUAUUUCUUAAAUUACGAUAUGUUCCAUAUAGAGUUUAUGGUGGCUUGUAUGCAAUUCGUCAACAUAAUAGUCCACUCAGUAGAGGAUAUGAACUUCCGGGUUCACUUGCAAUACGAAUUUACCGCCUUAGGAUUAGAUAAUUAUUUAGAAAAAUUAAAAUUUACGGAAAGUGAGGAACUACAUGUACAAAUAUCAGCGUAUUUGGAUAAUGUGUUCGAUGUGGCUGCUUUGAUGGAGGAUAGUGAAACUAAGACGGCAGCUUUGGAAAAGGUCGCCGAGUUAGAAGACGAAGUAGCUCAGAUGCACGAGCGAAUUCAUGACAUAGAGCACACAGCUUUAGAGAAAAUUGCCAAUCUAGAAACAGAAUUAAUACAAAUUAGGCAAGAAAAAGAGGAUCUAAUAGAAUGUAAAAAACGCGCCGAUGAAGAAGUGACUACGUUGAGGCGAGUGGUGCAACAUCACGAGCAAGAAUCGAAAAAUAGGCAGUCUAUAUUUGAAAAUAAAAUCGCAGAGUUGGAGAAUAAAAAUCAGUCGACGAGCAACUCUCCAACGUCAGAACAGUUGCCCCCGCCACCUUUAGCAACAGUAGCCCCACCGCCGCCUCCUUGUCCGCCAGCGGCGCCUGCAGCUCCACCGCCGCCUCCAUGUCCGCCCCCACCGCCCAAGCCGCCCUCGAUGCCUGGAAUGCCGAUGCCGCCCAUUCCACCGCCCCCAGCCGGAUUUAUGCAGGCCCCAGAGGGUGCCAUGACCAUCAAGAGGAAAGUUCAAACAAAGUACAAAUUACCUACAGUAAACUGGAUAGCUUUAAAACCGAACCAAGUGAGGGGCACGAUCUUCAACGAGCUGGACGACGACAGGUUACACAACUGUAUCGAUUUCAGCGAGUUCGAGGAAAAAUUCAAAAUUGGCAACGCGGGCUUUUUGGCGAACGGCCAUUGCGAACCUGAUGGUCUUCAAUCGAUGCCUAGUAAAAGAUUUAAAAAACCGGAAAAUAUCACACUUUUGGAACAUCCGAGACUUAGAAAUAUCGCAAUUUCGAGGCGGAAACUUGGCAUGACCGCCGAGAAAGUGGUGAACGGAAUAAACAUGUUGGAUCUGAAGCAAAUCUCUUUAGAAAAUGUCGAAUUACUGCAACGGAUGGUGCCCACCGAGCAAGAAACUAAAUCUUAUAGGGAGUAUAUAGUUCAAAAGCAGAACAUUCACGUUUUAACUGAAGAGGAUCAGUUCUUGUUGCAGCUAACGAAAAUCGAUAGGAUAUCUGCUAAGCUGGCCAUUAUGAGUUAUAUUGGUAACUUUUUUGAUAAUGUGCAUCUGAUACAACCGCAAGUGCAUGCCAUCAUAUCUGCGUCGAAUUCAGUGAAGACGUCUCGCAAGUUAAGAUCUGUUUUGGAAAUUAUUUUAGCAUUUGGGAACUACCUGAAUAGUGCGAAACGAGGUCCUGCGUACGGUUUCAAACUCCAAUCCCUAGAUUCCUUACUAGAUACAAAAUCAACCGACAAAAGACUAUGCUUAUUGCAUUACAUUGUUGCAACGGUGCGCCAAAAGUUCCCGGAUCUCUUAAACUUUGAUUCGGAAUUGCACUAUGUCGAAAAAGCUGCUGCCGUAUCACUCGAAAACAUUUCUGCGGACUUGCACGAACUAGAAAAGGGAAUGGAAGCGGUAAGAAAAGAAGCGGAAAUUAAGGCGAGGGGCAGUCACAGUUUAGUUCUGAGGGACUUCUUGGCUAACGCUGAAGAAAAGCUUCGUAGGUUGAAGAGUGAUGCUAAAAUGGCCCAAGAGGCUUUUAGCGAAUGUGUCGAAUUUUUCGCGGAAUCUUCAAGAACCACCGAUGCUAACACCUUCUUUUCGCUCCUAGUUAGAUUUGCAAAAGCCUUCAAAAAUGCGGAUCAAGAAAACGAGCAAAGAAGAAAGUUCGAGUUAGCCCAAAACGCACAAAACAAAUCGAGCGAAGAAAUCUCAAAGAAAAAUAAAGUAAACCAGAAAAAGCAACAGGAGGCGGUCAUAAACGAGCUGAAAACCAAAACGAGGUUGGUGCAAGAGAAAAAGCUGCUCCACCAAGACGAGGUUUAUAACGGGGCCCUGGAGGACAUCCUUUUGGGCCUGAAAAGCGAGCCCUACAGGAGGGCCGAUGCCGUCCGUAGGAGUCAGAGGAGGAAAAUCGACAAUAAUCGAUUAUCGAAGACGAUGGACGAGUUCGAAAUUUAAACUUUAAGUUUUGUUUUUUGGUUUGGCAGGGUUAGGACGGAUUGGUGACACCUAUAAAUAGGUCUGUUUUAACUUUGUUUUGACAGGUUGAGUCAACGAAGUCGUUUAUUACCCUUGGUGCUACAAAGGUACAUUUCUUUAUUCUCUGAAACUAUUAGUUUCGCCUGUUAAAUAUAUAAGAAAAGAGACGCACAAUAAUAAGCUCAAAAAUGUCUUUAAAUACGCGACGGUUCUAUUUGAAAAAAUGUACUUGCUUGUUUUUUAAAUGGAUUUUAAAACUAAAGAAUAUCCAAUUAUAUAAUAGUCCAGGACAAAAUAUUGACAAAUAUUACACUAGUAGACAGCCAUUAUGGCGCAAGUGUCUGGAUAUGUUUCCUUUAGUAAUUUGGAUGUGCUGAAUCUGAAAAUCAUGUUCUUUUUGUGCCGUCAGGUCAAGUUUUCAAGAUAUUACGAAAAAUUUAGUUUUUUGCACAAUAUAAACAUUUAGCAUUUUUUUCGACAAUAUUUUUGCAAAUUUUGAAAUUAACAACACAUCGAAUCGAGUCUCUACAGAGCCAGUAAACAACAAAAAAAAAUCCAUACUUUCAUCAGCCACUGUAUUAGUUUCAGCCAACAUAGUCGUUUUUUAAAAAAAUAAAUGCUUAUACUAAAUGUAUCCUCUAUUUUCUACAUAAAAGUUGCAGCACUUGAAGAAAAACGUGUGUAGAUAACCAAAAACAAUAAUUUAGCCGCAAGCGCGUAUUACCAACAACUAAUAAACGUGCCACGAAACGAAUUCUGGUCGGCAACUACUUUUUUUUAAAUAUUAUCACGAAAUAGUCUUAAAAAUAUACUAGGGCUUUUUGCAAGUAUCUAUAUAUCAGUAACAAUUAAAAGUACUGAUUGGACACAAUAAUAGCUCAUACGCUUAAUUCCAGAACUAGUUAUGUUGGUACAGAGAGGAGAUAUGUGGAAAAAUACACAAUAAGCUAUUGAUCUACAAAAUUUCAUUAAAAUUCGAUUUAUAUUGUGUUUGAAUUUCACAGAUUGAUGGAAAUCACUCGAAAAACCAUAUUUUAUUUUCGCAAUAUCUUGAAGACAAGACCUGGUCAGAAUAAAUGAAUGCCAUUUUCGGAAUCAGCGAGCCCAAAAUACCCUCAAAAAUAUGUUCAGAACUUUGCGCCAAACAGAUUUUUUUUUCGUAUACCAGUGUUAUCUUUAGGGUGGUAAACUACCGCGCCUUUGUUGGCUCACCCUGUUCAUUAGUUGGAAACAGUUAAAUGCAAUACAUUUAAAUAAAAAUCUCUUAGAUAUCUUUUGUGCCUUGGUAUAAUAACAUUAUACAAGGAUAUUAUAUGUAAACAUUUGAGACUGAAGCUGCUCUUCUACCCGCACCCUGUAUGUUAUUUAUGGAUUACUUAGUUUUUUACUUAAAGUUAUUCAAUAAAAUUUAAAAAAAAAUGCUCGAAAAUGCAUAUAAACUGUAUAUUACCAUGUUUUUAGUCUUUAAAAAUAUAUUUUUAAGUAAGAACUCGAUUAUUAUCGAAUUUAAAUAAGCUUUAAAUUUAUAAAAGACUCAGUGCCUUCAUUUGUGAACUGAAAUAUUUGGAAAAUUUUGUACUGUUGUGUAUUUUUUAUAUAAAUUGUUUUUGACGUAAUUUAUCGCACAAUGAGUUUAUGAUACAUAACUAUUGAGAUAUUGGGAUAUCUCCAAUUAGGGCGGUCCGAUAAGUACUUAAACUACAAAAGAGAAACGAUAAUUUAGGAAAAUGUGCGAUGCAUUUCUCAAAAUUUCACAGUCACCUUUCCGACUUAUAGGACGUUUUUUUCCAUGUUCUGAGCAGGUUCCCGGUGAAGUCCACUGUUUUGACUGUUUCUUGAUCUAUGGUAUGUACCACUGGAUCAAUGUUUUGUCGACGGUCAUAAAAAUCGCAGACUCUUUCAAUUUACAUUUAAAAAUCAUCACUCUGAAGUGGUUUGGUGCGCUUGUUGUCCAGAGUGAGCAACGCUGUACUAUCUCGCCAAUAGCCUUUGGCUUCCUACUGUCUCAGGUAUGUAGCGCAAAUUCAAUCGGCGGUGUGUCGAUUUUAUUGUAGAUUUUUGAAAGAGUACAGCAUUCAGGUGCUCUUUGAUUUCGCUGUGCGAUUUCCCUUGCAAAGACAAGAAUUGAAUCACAUACCAGUAUUGCUCUUUUUCCAUUUUUCUUAUAUCCGCGAAUACGUCCGCUCCCACAUAUAGGAUUCACAAGUUUAUAUCGGAUCAACCUCGUAGGUUGCAAGCAAAUGAUAAAAACGAAGAUUUGAUGAGAUCACUUACUUUAUUCGAGGAAAUCGUUAAUAAAAUAACCAUUUUAACCUUUCCCAUAAUUUGUUAAUCAUGAUUUGUUUAAACCUUGAUUUUUGUCAUUUCCCUGCGGCAUAUAAGUAAUAAGUUUUACUUUCUGUUCACUAUGGCUAAUUCAAAUAAAAACCCUUGAUGUUAAAAUAUUGUUGACGUAUGUAAUUAUUUUAAUCUUUCCCGGAAAACUAAUGAUUUUUGAGCCAUUAGCUUGCAAUCCAGAAACUAGUACAAAUUCAUUUUACACUCCAUGACAAAAAAAAUCUAAACUAAAUCAAUAGUAAUGUAUCAAUAACGAUAAAUAAAUCAUUGAAGACUUUAAGGCAAUAGUGUAUAAACCAUAAUAAAUAUACUGUAAUAUUUGUGAUUUCUAUAUAUAGUGGAUAAGGUAUAUUAUGUAUUUUGCUACGCAUUUUGUACAAACUGUAUAUAUAAAUUAUAUCACUUAUUAAUAAGAUUUAUUUAGUGGUCCUCGAUUAGUUGUAAAUCCCCAUAAUUUCGUUCGGAAAUUUAAAAGCAUUAUUUGUUAUGUAUGCUAAACAAUCAUAUCCGUUAAUUUUUGUAAUAGUAUGUUAUGUAGUACGCACAGAUAUUUUUAAAGAUAUAUAUUACAUUCCCUAGCGGUAGCAACAUGAUAACAUCUAUUCGAAAUUUGUCAAUUAAGUUUUUUAAGUUU